AUGCAGCGCAAAACGUCGGUGCUGCUUGGGAGAGCCACGUUGCUGUCCCUGGCGUUGUUGGUGGCACUGCAGACACCUACAGCAGAGGCCGAUCGGUUGCAACCGAAAGGAUAUCGCGAAACGGUCGAGAAGCUCCAAAAGUUUUACGUUAAGUUUGAGGACAAAGUCUCGCGGGAAUUCCGUCGAUGGAAGACGGACGGCACCAUGUCGCCGCACUUCCGACAGCUGAUCCACGGGUCCGCUAUUAGCAAAAGUGAACGUGCUCAGGAAAUACGCGAACUGCCAACGACCCGCGAGGGCCCGCUGUGUGCGAUCUGUCGUGGGUUCGGUGGAUCGGUUCUGGAGUUCCGCCGGGAAGGUGCCUCCCGGGAGGAAGUGUUCAACACGACGGUGGAACUGUGCACGAUGCUCAAUCUGCAGGAAGAAUCCAUCUGCCGGGGGCUGAUAGAGCUCAACAUUGAUCCCAUCCUUUAUAUUGUGGACAAUCGACCGGAUCUAACAUCGGCAUCGUUGUGCGCCGUGGUCUUCCAAUCGGGUGCAUGCGUGCUGGACGAUGCCACCUUUACCGAGUGGCAGGUGGAUGUUGAUUCGAACGGAACACCAGUGACCGCGUCAAAGGCUGGUACGGCCCAGCGGGGUCCAAACGAUCUGAAGAUCGUCCAAAUCACUGAUCUUCACUUCGAUCCGAACUAUCGCACCGGAUACAAUGCGGAAUGUGGGGCACCGGCCUGCUGCCGGGAGUCUCAAGGUAUCCCAGACGACCCUGCAGCAGCCUCCGGACAUUGGGGUGACUAUCGAAACUGCGAUACACCGUGGAACGCGGUCGAAGAUCUUAUCGAUCGCGUAGCGGAAGAACAUUCCGAUGCGGACUUUGUCUACCACACCGGUGAUAUCAUCGAUCAUGGUAUCUGGGAGACCUCGAUCGGUUACAAUGUGCGCUCGAUUAACCGAGUGAUUAACAAACUGCGUGAAACGUUCCCCGAAACGCCCGUCUACAAUAUUCUUGGCAAUCACGAAGCACACCCGACGAAUGUGUACGAACUUGGUGAGGUGACGCGUCCGGACUUUUCCACGAACUGGCUGUACCACUUGUCCGCCGAUCUCUGGAGUCACUGGUUGCCCCGUGCAACCGAGCAGACGAUUCGGCUCGGCGGGUACUACACGGCCCUGGUACGACCCGGAUUCCGUGUGAUCGCACUCAACAACAACGACUGUUACACCUUCAACUGGUGGAUCCUAUACCAACCGGAUGCGCUCAAGGGACAGCUGCAAUGGUUGCAUGACGUUUUGCUGCAGGCGGAACGGGCCGGCGAAAAGGUACACAUCCUGGCCCACCUUCCAAUCUCGUCCGACUGUUUCAGCGUGUGGCAGCGGGAGUAUCGACGAAUCUUAGAGCGCUUCCGUGAUACGAUCAGUGCGCAGUUCCACGGUCACACACACAAGGACGAGUUUAAUGUGUUUUACGCGAGCGAAAAUCCCGAGUUUGCUGUCGGUGUGGCGUGGAACGGUGGCAGUGGCACGGCACACACGAAUGUCAACCCGAACUACGUCGUGUACUACGUCAAUCCGGAGACUUAUGAAGUGACCGAUUUUGAAUCGUACGCGUACAAUCUAACGUCCGCUAACUUGACACCGGAUGAGCGCCCGGACUGGUUCCUUAUGUAUUCGUUCCAGGAGGAGUUUGGUUUGUCGGAUCUGAGUCCAGCCGGUGUGGAUGAGCUAAUUCAACGGUUGGGAACGCCCGCGGGACGGGACGAUUUGCGCCGGUACUGGGAGUAUAAGGUUAAACUGGCGGAUGCAUCGCUUGCCAACGACUGUGAAGAGGAUUGUCUGCUGAAUCAUCUGUGUGAGAUCGUCACCAAUCAGGCGGACGAUCUCCGGAAGUGCCAGGAACUGUCGGACACAUUCUUCGACUAA